AUGAUUAUUACCGCCGAUGAAAGUAUCAUUGAACAAAUUGAAAAAGGCAACAAUGUGUCUUUAUUGAAACAGAUUACUCUUCCGUUCGAAAACAAUAAUAGUGAACAAGCUAAUCAACAAAACGAAGUACGAUCAUCAAAUAAGAAGAUUAAAACUAGAGAUGGUUCUUUGAUUUGUGUCGUUUGUGGUUCAUUGGCAACUGGAUACAAUUUUGGGGCAAUUGCAUGUGAAAGUUGUAAAGCUUUCUUUCGUCGUAACGCUCGAAAAGAACCGAGUACUUUUCACUGUAAUAAUAACAGUGAUUGUAAAAUAACAAUAGAAACACGUCGUAAUUGUCAAGCUUGUCGUUUAGCCAAAUGUUUCAAAAGUGGAAUGCAAUGUGAUCGACUUCUGACGAUCGAACAAAAAGCAGUAAAAUGUCGUCAAUUAGAAGAAAAUAGAAAUUUAGCAUUGGAAUCAAAUUCUAACACAAAUACGGAAGUGUCUCAUCCGUCAACAUCUACAUUUUCAGAUGAUUUACUUACAUUGAUAGACACAGAUAUUCUUCUCACAGAUUUUACCGAUCUUUUACUGUCUCAGCCGCAACAGACAUUGCUCAGUUGGGAAGAUUUACAACGUGUAGAAACUAUAUCAUUUUUUUAUCAAAACCGUAUCGAGUUUGCGAUUCGUGAUGGCCUUCCAUGGGAUCCAUCAAUGCAAUCAAGAACGUUUUCACAAGUUCUCAACAGUCAAUCAGUAUCAGUCAUGCGACUUUUAUCAUUCUCGAAACAAAUACCUGAAUUUAAUCAAUUGAAUGUUGAUGAUAAAGUUACUUUAAUUAAAUAUAAUCUUCCAACAGUUCUUGGUAUAAACAGUGUACUUUCGUAUAAUACAGAAACUGAACAACUCAUUGAAAGUGAUUCUGAUGUACCAUUUAAUACACAAUUCUUUCGAGUACUUCACGGUUAUAAUGUUUGUAUGCAAAUAAGAAAGAUCUUUACUUCAUUUCUACAUAUAGCGAAAUAUGAUCGAAAAAUUAUUGAAUUAAUAAUUAUUAUACUUAUUCUUACAAAAGGUUUUUCAAUAACUAGUGAUCAUGAUGAACCAAUACUCAAUGAUGAAAUAUCUGUAUAUCGUGCACAAAAUUAUUACAUAGAAUUAUUGUCGAAAUACAUAGAAACAAUGCAUGGAUAUGAAAAAGCAAUUAAAUUAUUUAGUGAACUCGUUGUUCAUAUCAUCUCAUGGCAAACAAUUCAGGAAGAAAUACGAAAAGAUGUCCUGCGAACAUUAUCACCAGAAUAUAUUAAUGAAUUAGUGCCAAUUAUGAAAUCAAUGUUGCGCAUUUCAUAA